AUGCCCGGGAAAUUCCUCCAGUGUGAGGAUGUCGAAAUCUAUCAUGAUCUCACUCCCGAGGAUGACGAUCAAUGCCUGUGGUGUUGGGAGGAUUUACUCACAGCAUCUACCGAUGACCCUAUGCCAGCUUUUGGAAGCAGCGAUUAUUUCAUUGAAGGGUUAAAUUCAGAUAUUCCACCCUUUGAAUUGGCAGCACAAUUUAACCCUGACACGGAGAGAGGGGAUUCUAGUGAUCUUGGUAAGUCCUCAAGCGAUGAGGACGAGGAUGAGGAUGAGGAUGAUCAAAUCGGCCAUCAGAGACAUACUUGA